CUCAGGCAGUGCAUGCUUAGAAUCAUCAACUGGGCCUUAUUGCCAUGUAUCCUGCUGGUAAAAUGUAUGACUUACUUAAAGCCCAGCUUCCUUUUCUUGGAGGCGGAAUCUUAGCAUCCUGAACACAAGCGCAUUUACUUCCCGUCUGUUCACCACAUUGAACCUAGAUCAAUAUAUAGACACAUUAAUUGAUAUAAAUGAUCCAUCUCGACGGUAGAACACUCGAGGGCGGCGGGCAGCUGGUCCGGAACGCCAUUGCCCUCUCCGCGCUCACCGGCAAGUCCAUCACCAUUUCACACAUUCGCGGGAAUCGGCAUGGAAAGACGGGGCUGAAAGGCUCCCAUGCAGCAGCCAUCAAGUUCCUGGUGGAGAUCUGUCAAGGCGAGAUUGUUGGUGGGGAAAUUGGGUCUCAGACCCUAACAUUCUAUCCUCGAGGGCAGCCACAGGACGACGAGGAAGAAAACCAAACCCAGCCAUUAUUGAAUCUUACCUUGGCAAAUGGAGAGCUUCCCAAAAUCAAGUCGAGAUAUACAAUCAAUCAGUCCACCGCAGGCUCCAUAUUCCUGAUAUUUCAAGCCCUAUAUCCUUAUCUAGUCUACGCCGGCAGCCUAUCCAACAACCUAGAUGCUGCUAUAGAAUUGAACGUCACCGGUGGAACAAAUGUGACGUGUGCCCCGUCAUUCGAUUAUAUAGAGCAAGUGCUCGUGCCUAAUCUACGAAAAAUCGGAUUGCCAGAGCUGUCCAUAAAACUGCGCAAGCGCGGAUGGUCCACGGGCCCUGUAGAUUUGGGUGCGGUGACGUUCCAAAUCCAUCCUCUGGGGUCAAAUUCCCCAACAGACAUGCAGGAUGAAAGUAUUGGUGGGUUUCCAGCAUUGAAUCUGAGUCAGUAUCGAAGAGGGCCUGUCACGAAAAUCGACAUCACGAUUCUAGCUCCAGAUAAGGAUCUUCGAGACAAGCAGGCUCAAGGGAACCGCAAAGAUAGGCGCAAAGCCGGCAAUGAACUUGAUGACGCGUUUCCGAAGAUAAGUAUUCGGGAAUAUCUCGAAGAACAGACCGAAAGACGUCUACGUCGGGCAAUGGAGCGGCUUCCAAGCGAUAUCAUCACGCAACGGUCGACUUCAAACGACGCAGAAGAUGACGAGAUUAUGCCCAUCGAGGUACGAACUUCUGAAGGCACUCUCCAUCACACGCACCUUUACAUAUUGCUGGUUGCGCACAUGUCAAGUGGUUUCACCAUCGGAGCCGACGCUCUCUUUGACGGCUUCAAGGACCGCGGUAGCAAACGCGGUUCAGGGAAGCAUGGGGGCGCCGGGAGGCACAGAGGCGAUCGGGAUGGGAAUAGCAUAAUAUCGACAUUGGACGAGUUGGCAGAUAGCUGUGUGAACAGUCUCAUGGAGGAACUGCAUGGAAGCAGCGACAGCUCUGCGAAGCAUCAGUCUUACGUGGACGUGCACAUGCGAGACCAGUUAGUCAUAUUUGACGCAUUGGGGUCAUUAGAAAGACAGGCCGCCGGCCACGCGGCCAAUAUUAGCAGCGAAGAAGACGAGCGGUAUUGGAGUCUGCAUACGCGGACAGCUCGAUGGGUGUGUGAACAGAUUUUGGGACCGGAUGUCUGGGAUAAACGACAUACUAGUCUUCAUGAUUCGAAACAGCAGCACGUCGUUGGAAAACCAUUUAUCAACUAAACCAGCAUAGAUUCAUGUUACUUGCAAUUAUAUACCCGUGUUUCAACGUUGAUAUCAAUAUACAUAUAUCAAAUGGCAUCUGGAGCUGUGCCGUGUUAAUGACCUAGACCUAGCCCGCCUAGUCCAUGAACCCUGCUGUCAGCGUCAGCAUCUGACCGCAAGCCCAUCGAUCAUCUCAUGAAACGACCGGUCCACCACCACUACCCUAGUCAAUCGGUUUAAUAUUACAUGUAAUAUGUCACUCCAGCUCCAAACGAGUGGCACGCCCCCACUACGAUAACAAUCAUGCAAGUUAAAGUACUAAGUACCGCCGAGCCAUCAUUUCGGUUUCAUUUAACGAGUCUAGACCACUUCUAGAGCGCCAAACUGGCCCUGCAUUAAUAUUCCUGAAUCAGGAACAAUAAAAGACAAAUUUUUAGCGCUAUCAACUUAGUGCCCGA